CCAAGCAAGACGCUGGCCGCCAUACUUUAUGGCAAGCGAGAAGUGUUGAGAAAAGUGACAUAAAGUGACAAUUUUCAACGACCAACCAUAAAUAACACGCUGGAGAUGUAGUUGAAAUAAAAGACGCAAUAUUUAAAAAAACGUUAUAUACCUGUUUCCAUGACGUGCAACAAGGUGAGAAUUUUGGUAUGUGAUUGGAUUUAAAAUUGGCGCUAAUGUUGUGACACAAAAUAAUGCAUGAAGCUCAUUGGCAGGAGCCGCAUGGGUUGCGCAGCGCCUCACCGAUGUCUGUGCUUCAUGGAAUAGUAAUCGCUGCCAUCUGGCUGCAGCGCUGCUGUCGCUGUUUCGUGCGAGAGGUGGUGUCUGGGUGGUGUGACGUAUGACUGACAUUGACAUUUGAGCUGUUCGUGCCGGCGGUGCUCGUGGUCGUGUCAGGCCCUCGCCGUGCCGAAGGUGCAGUGUUGGCAGAGGGUGUCAGUUGUAUUUCAUUGAUAUUGAUGUGCUGAACUGUCAAUAUGGCUCCAAAUCCAGCUGAUAUGGGAAUAAUCUAUCCAACAGGAGACAUAGCAUUUAAGGUGCUUCUUUCUGCUCGGUUUUGCGCUGCUAUUUGGAGUCAUAUUACUGACUGUGAUGAGACAUUCAACUACUGGGAACCAACCCACUACCUACUCUUUGGGAAAGGAUUUCAGACAUGGGAGUACAGUCCAGAUUACGCUUUGCGGUCUUAUAUGUACUUGUUGAUACACGUUAUUCCUGCAUGGGCAUAUCACAAACUUCUGCAGCCGAAUCGCCUAUUAAUAUUUUAUUUUACACGAUGCCUGCUGGGAUUACUUUGUGCUGCUUGUGAAGUGUACUUCUACAAGUAACUAUGCUUUCUUGGUCAUUUUAACCCUCAGCAUCUUGUGAAGGUUACAGCUUGUGUCUUCUGAAUCCUUGAAAGUUCUUUCUUUUGUUAUGUCUUGUUCUAAGAUGUAGAUUUUUUUUCUCUCUAAGAGAGUAUAUAUUUGCAUUUAUAAAAUAGUGUGUAGUCUAUUUGUAAAUUAAUCUA